AUGAGCCUCGAGGCGGAGCGUCCCCUGCCGUUAUCGCUGUCGGACGCCUCUUUCACGACCUCACCGGCGCUGCAGCUCGGUUCCGAGCGCAGCGUCAGCGAGAUGGAGUUCGACAUGGUGGCGCCGGCACUCACUGCGACGCUGCUGCUGGCAAACACAUCCGAGGUGCCGCUGGGCUACAAGGCCAAGACCAACGCUCCGCGGCGCUGGCUCGUGCGCCCGAACAUUGCAGCCAUCCCGCCAGGCGGCACGCUCCGCGUGAGCCUGUCGCUGCUCGGGCCUCCGGGCAGCCUCCUCGCUGUUAGCUCGCUCAACGAGGACCGGGUGCUGAUCCUCUCGGCGCCGCUCGAGGAGGAGGAGGUGGUGGAGGCGCUCGAGCAGCGGCGGGAGAUCCCUUCCAGCCUGCACGAGGCUGCGCCCGCCGCCUCUGUCUGCCGGCUCUCCGUCCGCUUGCUGCUGCAGCCGCCCUCAGCGCUGCCCUCUCCGCGCGCCGGCUCGUCCUCGUCUGGCUCGCGGCCGCCCUCUGUCGCCGACGCGCCCCGCGCUCCCGCCGCCUCGCCGCCAUCGACGCCCUCGCCGCCGCCGCGGAGAGCGGACGCCAGCCCUCCCGACGCCACGCCCGGCUUUGCAAAGCUGGCCGUCGCCGAGCGAGUCGCGCGGCUGCAGCGGGCAGAACGCGCUCGCGCCUGCCGGCGCCCCCUGCGCCUCCGCCCUGAUCCUCGUCCGGACGUGUGCUCGAAGGCGCAUCCGCCGCCUCACGCCGGCGCCGCCGACUCGGGAAGCGGCGUCGACGAGACGUCUCCGCCCUCAGCCGCCCUCCCGUGCACCUUCAGCAGCCCGCUAGCCGCCUCCGGGCUCGGGGCGGGCUCGGCGGUGCUUGCGGAGAAGGCGGCCGCGGCGGGGCCGGACGAGGAGGAGGAGGACGAGGCGGCGGCGGCGAGGCGCGAGAGGGCUGUCCGGUGGGCCGUCCGCUUGCUGCCCGCCGCCCGGGACGGCGCGGCCGCAGAGUGGGUCGUCUGGCUGGCGCGGCUCUUCGAGCUCUUCUUCGCGGCGAGCGACGAGCUCGAGCCGUGGCUCAAGUGGAAGGCGUACGACGUGGUGUGGGCCGCGCUGCUGCUGCUGCUCGCGCGCCGCUCGAGGCGGAUCGCGAGGUUACGGGAGGUGCUCGACCUCUGA